AUGGCGCUGGAGGAUGUCUUAGAGUAUCGCUUUGGCAAAGGUGUCAUAGGCCAGGAUAGCCCGUCUGGCUAUAGCACGGGACCUUUACAGAUCCUGGACGGCAAAUGGGCUUCGGGCUGGUUCUGUUUGCAGAAUGGGCAACUGGAGCAAUAUUCCAUGGACGAGCAUGGGCAGAAGCAAGACGUCUUGAAGGUCUUUGACCUCUCAGAUUCCAAUGAGUUUGAGUUCGAUGCAGAGACGUUUUCCAAGAUCUCCUUGCAGUGUGGCAAUGAGCGGGUCAGGCUGCGAGGGCAACCGGAGCAGAUGCGCCGUUGGUAUGAGAGGAUGCGAGCGUUGGUGCCUAAGGAGGUUCAAGCGUCCCAAACCUUCGAACCUCCAGCGCGUCCACCUCCGGUGAGCACCGUCUCCAUCUCCGACCCGACGCCGACACCUGCGGUCUCCACAGCCAGCAAGGAACCCGACUCGCCGCGGCGGAGCCGAAUGAACUCCAGGGCGAGUUUCUUCAACAAGCCAUUGGAGCACCUGAAGUCCAACGAGCGUUUAGAUCCGUCGGUGGCUACAAGCAUGUCGAAGCCAACGCAAAUGCUGUUGGCCAUUUACUACCAGUUGGACAACAGCAAACUACGCACCACCGAUUUGAUGCGGCGCGUGGAUACUUCAGGAGAUGGUGAGAUAUCAAGGAGUGAACUGCGCAAGGGUUUAGUGGAUGUCUUGGGGUACACUUGUUCCAACGACGACUUCAAAGAGUUGAUGAGGGUGUUAGAUGCUGAUGGCAGCGAUUCCAUCACGUUGAAGGAGAUGGAUCGAGCACUAAAGCGAGCCGCGAAGGGCGAGGAUCUGAUGGUGGAAACCGCCUCUGAAGCAAUCCUUCACGACGCCAUGAUUCAAGUGGACACGGUGAUGGGCAUCUCCAUCACUGCAGACACGGGGGAUUCCAUCUAUGUUGCGCGCGCCAAGUGGAAGGACGAUGAGAAGGGCAAAUGCCCCAAGACGGAGGCGCGGCCGGGCCGCAUCAGCGGCCCUGCCACCGAAGACUGUGCCAUCAGGCAACAGCUGAAACUCGUGGCCAAGAAGAACAGCCCAGAGCUCGCCAUUUUGAGCGUGUGUCGUAGGGAGCCGGAUGGUCAGGAGGAGAUGAUCGGUCAAUGCAUGAUGAACGUGCAGAGCGAAGAGCACCACGAUGUGCAUUGGCUGAAGCUUCUAGAUGCUAGGGGCCUCCAGACGGGCGCACAAGUUCGAUUGCGGGUGAAACUCAAGGUGCAAAAGCCGCACUUGAACAAGUCAGCGACCUUGUCGCGAAUGGACUCACAACAGUCCUUAUCCCCCAGAUCUCCCAGAGUGGCUGAGAAGCCCCAGGACCCAGAAGAGACACAGCGGAGGUUUGAGAAGAUGCACCAGUUGCAUGACGAAAGGCUAAAGAAAAUGGAGGAGAAACGGAAGGCUAUGGAAGCUGCGCACCUCCAACAGCUCCAAGACGAGGCUCAAAAGUUGAAGAGCAAACGCGUGAAAUCCGCAGACCUUUGCCCGCGAGCGGCGGCGGAUCGCCUAUAUAGGGACAGCAAGGCACGGAUGCGACGGAGGCGUGAACAUCAAUACAAUCACUAUCAGGAAGAAGAGGACAACCUUCGCAAGCUGAAAGAGGAAAACCGGCAGUUCUGGAGCCGCUCCCUGAACAACGUGCAACUAGUGAACUCAGAGAGUGCGGGGAAUCGCUUGCACGACAACGCCAUCAACAAACAGCAACAGAUGCAACAGAAGAUCCGAGAAAAGAACGAGGCAGAGGUCAAGGAAGCCAAAGAGAAAGCCUCCCGAACUGUGAAGCGAGCGAGCAGUCUUGGUGCGAUCAUGCCUGAGAGGAUGUACCUGCAGGCCCAAGAACAUCGGAAGAUGAAGGAGGAGGAGAGACAGAAGAUGGAAGCGGAAGAGGUGAGGAAGUUUCAUGAACAGGUCGUAGGCCAAGGUCGCAACGUCAAUCCACGAAAGUUUGAGGAGCUACACCUCGAACAUCAGAGCCGUGAAAUAAAGAGGGCCUUACUUCGAGAUGAAGCCAGGAAAAGAGAGGAUGAUCGCAUCAACAAUGAGAUCGAGCAGGGUCGCCAGAGAGCCAGGCUCAACAAGGACAAGAACCGCAAGCUGAGCCCCAAGACCAAAGUGCCCUGGCAUGAGCGCCUCACGCAACAGAAGCAGAAGGCGGAGGAUCCUUCGGCCAAGGGCCCCACCAUGCCCAAAGCGGUGCAACGCUCGACGGCGGCAGAUUUCACGGUGGUCACCUGA